CAUACAUGUAAAAAAUAAAAAAGUCACAAUCUGAACAAAAAAAGGAAAAAGAAAAAAGCGAAGGACAACAAGAAAACUUAUACCAACACGUUCGACUCCGUGCCAAAAAGGUUGUCGAAGCUUUUAGGCAGUCGUGUAAACAAUCGUGCCAGCAUUUUGCUGAUGAGUAUGCUGCAGGCUCAGUGAGAGUCAACGAUGCCAGUGAAAGUGCAGCUCAAAGUGAAUCGUGCCCCAUAUUGUUGCAUGUAAACAGAAACUAUAGACAGCCCAGACAGUUCCGUGCCCCAACGUCAGCGGCUCAGUUUGCAUAACACAACAAGACACAGAGGCGACACUGUUCAAUGUUCUGAAUGGAGACGACGUCUGGACGCAAACGGGCCACGGCAAGCAGACGCAGCUAUCGGGGCUUUAACAUUGGCCAAUGUUUGCCAACAUCAGCCACGACAACAACAUGGCCAUAAUAAGGCAACAGCAACGAACUAAACGUAAUUCAUGGUUACAAGUACUCAACAGCCUGCUGCUACAGGUGGUAAACACAAGUAUACACCCAUCACAAAAGUACCGCCAUGAAUGAAACAGAGUGUGAGGAUCUCAUUAAAUCUGUGAAAUGGACGGAACCGGCGAACCUGAUCUCUUUGGCCAUACUCGAGUUUAUCAACGUAUUGGUCAUCGGUGGCAAUUGUCUAGUCAUUGCCGCCGUCUUCUGUUCAAACAAAUUACGUAGUGUUACCAAUUUUUUUAUUGUUAACUUGGCCGUUGCCGAUUUACUGGUGGGUCUGGCGGUGCUACCAUUCUCGGCCACCUGGGAGGUGUUCAAGGUUUGGAUAUUUGGUGACGUUUGGUGCCGCAUUUGGUUGGCAGUGGAUGUCUGGAUGUGCACGGCAUCGAUCCUGAAUCUUUGUGCCAUAUCUUUGGAUCGGUACGUGGCAGUCACGCGACCCGUCACCUACCCAAGCAUUAUGUCAACGAAGAAGGCCAAGUCGUUAAUCGCCGGCAUUUGGGUACUCUCAUUUGUAAUUUGCUUUCCGCCUUUGGUGGGCUGGAAAGAUCAAAAGGCCGUGGUACAGCCAACCUACACACGGGGAAACUAUACGCUUUACUAUGCCACCACAAUGUCAAGCACACAGGAUGAGCAACUAGAUGUAGAUAGAAUUAAGCAUAAGGAGGAGCACGAUGCUGCUAGCUCCUUGUUAACUAAAAGUGGCAAUGGCAAUGGCAAAGGCAAUGCCUACAAUCCAUACGAUCACAACUUCUCGCCAAUCGAUGACUCGGCUGAAAUACAUAUUGCAGCCAUGACAACAACAAGCACAAUUUCGCCUAGCACCGAAAUGGAUUCCAAUAUUUUGAACGCGCCCGCGUCGAAUGUGCCACAGCCGGCAACAAGUUGCCCCUGGAAAUGUGAGCUCACUAAUGAUAGAGGCUAUGUACUCUACUCGGCAUUGGGCUCCUUCUAUAUACCCAUGUUUGUAAUGCUCUUCUUCUAUUGGCGUAUAUAUCGAGCGGCGGUGCGCACCACGCGUGCAAUAAAUCAAGGAUUCAAGACCACAAAGGGCAGUCCACGCGAAUCGGGGGGCAACAAUCGCGUUGAUGACUCCCAGCUAAUACUGCGCAUCCAUCGUGGACGCCCCUGCGGCACACCGCAGCGCACGCCACUUUCGGUGCACUCCAUGUCCUCGACGCUGAGUGUAAACAGCAAUGGGCCAACGGGCGCUGCCCUCAGCACUGCGAAUGAGGAUCAACAGCCCGCCUCCCAGACGGGCACGCCAAAGAGGGCGACUUCGAUGCGUGUGAAUCGCCAGCGGCACGAGAAGGUAUCCAUCAAGGUUUCGUUUCCCUCAUCGGAAAACAUGUUGGAGUCACCUCGUAUGGGUGUCUCGCAGCAGCCGCCACCCUCGCCCCACUAUGCCGUCAUCAGCAGCACCAAAGGUGGGAUCAGCAACCUCACUAACGGGCGACGCGCCUCAUUCAAGAGCAGCCUCUUCGACAUUGGCGAGACCACCUUCAAUCUGGACACGGCCAGCGGAGCAGCAAAUGAUCUGGAGAGUGGCAACUCGACUGGCUUGACAUCGGGCAAGAAGCGUUCCGGCAAACGCAGUGCAAAGUUCCAAGUGAAGCGCUUUCGCAUGGAGACAAAGGCGGCUAAGACAUUGGCCAUAAUUGUGGGCGGGUUCAUAGUCUGUUGGCUGCCGUUCUUUACGAUGUAUCUGAUACGCGCGUUCUGCGAGGACUGCAUCCAGCCGACAGUAUUUUCGGUAUUGUUUUGGCUGGGCUACUGCAAUUCGGCCAUUAAUCCGGUCAUCUAUGCCCUCUUCUCCCACGAGUUUCGCAUUGCCUUCAAGCGCAUCGUCUGCCGUUGCGUGUGUACUCGCAGUGGCUUUAGGGCCUCCGAGAAUUUCCAGAUGAUUGCUGCGCGGGCCCUUAUGGCGCCCGCCACUUUCCACAAAACCAUUUCGGGCUGUUCCGACGACGGCGAUGGAGUUGAUUUCAGCUGACUAAUGGGCAACUACGAACCGAGUCCCCUGCAGCGCACUGCCUCACUGCCGCAGGAAGCCAGCAGCAGAGAUGGCGAUGCGGAUACCACGGGCAGCAGACGUAUACGGCGCGGCGGCUUCUGCAAGGGUCGUGUGCUCUAAGCAAGCCCCAUACGGCAGGAGUACCAGCCAAAACAACAACAACAACAACAACAGCAACAA